AUGGACCCUGAUACCGCCAAUGCUUUCGUCUCGCCAGGCGCGCUCUCCGGUGAGAGUACGUUUGACGAAUACGCCGCCAAUCCGCGCUUCCAACAGUUGCAGACGGAACUGCGUUCGUGGCUUUUUGUAGGCGCCAACAGCCGGGACCAUUCGCCGGAGCCGGGUCUCACGCCCGAGGAGGAGGAGCAGAACCUGAGCGCCAGCCACAGGCCGGGCCAUGAGUACCUGUGGGAACACAUGGUGAAUGGCGGCGCAAGUCAGAUCCCUCCGUCCAAGAAGAUCCUAUAUCUUCAAGUGUGGAUCACCGACUGUGCCCCGUGGCUUGACAUGUUCGACAGCGAGCGACACUUUGGACAGCAGGUCCCCAUCAUCGCGCAACGCUCGACCGCCGUCCUGCACGCGAUGCUCGCGGUGGGGGCUCGUACGGCGGAACGACAAGGCCGGAUGGAGCGGUCCGGGUCGCGCGACAGUCUCGAGCUGUACUCGCAGGCAAUCACUUCGCUCACGUCGUCCCUGGACACGAGGGAGCCCACGGUCGUGCUGACCGCGUGCCUCCUCUGUGUCCUGGAAAUGAUGAGUGUGAGCCCGCGAGAUUGGAGGCGGCACGUCGAAGGUUGCGCGGCGCUCUUUGCCUCGUUCGGGAUCAAUGGGUUUUCCGGAGGGCUGCUCCAGGCUGUCUUUUGGUGCUACGCCCGGAUGGACCUUUGCGGCGCCAUCAUCGCCGACGGGACGGAGGCCACCGUGCUGGAAAUCGAAAAGUGGAUCCUGCUGGACGACUUCACCGGUUCUGACGCGGCAAAGGCGGAAGAAAUCAAGCGACGGUUUUCGCCAAAGGGCCAGCAGGCCCCGGACAUGUACGCCAACUUUGCGGUCUACCUUUGCGCCAGAGUGUGCGACCUUCUCUUUCGCCGAAUCAAGUGUGUCGAGAUGGGCGAGGACAAUGGGUGCGAGCACGAGAAUCUCGAAUCGGAGUGGACCCGGCUCUGGAACGAUCUUCAAGAGUGGCUCUCGAGGCGUCCGGUCGAGAUGCUCCCCGUCAAGACCGUCCGAGACGGUGCCUUUCCCAGAAUCUUCUUCUCCCACUGGGCUGCAAUCUCCGGCAAUCAACUCUUUCACACCGCCUGUAUCUUGAUGUUGGAGAUCAAGGGGAUUCAGGAGCUCGAUCGCCCAGAGCACGUCUACUCGCCCUUGUGGCACGCGCGGAGAGUCGUGGGCAUCACCCUGACAAACCCCCACUGCGGGUGUAUCAACAAUGCCAUUCAACCCCUCUACGUUGCCGGUCAAUUGUUCACCCACCGUGAAGAGCAGGCGAUCAUCGUGAAGCUGAUUGAUUCGAUCGAGACACGCACCGGGUGGGGUUCUCGGUGGCGGAUCAAAGACCUGGAAGCAAUCUGGGGAUAUCACCGCGGGACAUUUACUUGAUUUUUCCUGUGAACACCUUCGGAGCACUUCAAACGUCGUUCAAGCUGAAUCACCAACUCGAUGAGAAUUUUUCCCAUUUCAGGCAUUACGCGUCAAGUUUCAGCUUCAAUAACAUCGCCAAG